UUUUUUUUUUUGUAAUUUUUUGGUCGUUCGGGAACGUAAACCGCGAUCUCAUUACCGCGCCUUUGAGAAACAGCGACUCGCUUUAUGAAAUGUCUCCACAUUUCAUAGUUGACCAAAAGCCGACACGGAUCACCGCCUGGAGUGACUGUCACCCGUUUCUCAUUAAAACCAGGCGAAUCUACUCGACGUAACAUGGGAGAGCAAUGGCUGAGACCCUGACAAUCCUACAGGCCAGUGAACUGAGCGGUAUUCCCUCUUUAAUCUGUAACAGACUCCGGUUCUGAACUGAGACUGUCUUUGUUGUCUUACGUUAAUCUGAAGCGUACUUCCUCGAAAGAAAGAAUGAAGCCAGGCGACUGGGAGGGUCUCUCAGCCAAGUAGUCGAAAUACAAGCGCGAUUCAUAAACAGGAAUCAAUGAACUUUCUGAAUACAUCGUGUGUAACGUCUUCGAUUUAGAACCUCCUUGAAAACCUGACAUUUCCUGCUUAUAUUCUCUGUCGUAUUACCUAAAACCAACAAUAGUCUCCAAAACCUUAAGGAGAUGCUCCCGUAAGAUAAAUUUUAAUAUUAUCCACUCAGUUACUUCUGAAAUUCCCAAAAUUUGCCAUUCAUUUUUAGUUUUUGUACUAACAUUCUUCAUCUCAAUUCAUCCCCGUGAUCGAAUAGCUCCGAUGAUAAUUGUUUGUAACUGAUUCAGUGUCGUUAAACACCCACCAGACAUCUGACACACCAUAAGGUUCUGCAGUUUGAACCUGAAACACGCCAUUCUUUUCAAGGCGACCCCUUUCUAACGCCGUGGCCUUAUCGAGAUUAAGACUCGCACGCUCCAGUUGCUAAUUCAUGAUCGCCGUUAGUUCCAGCGUCACAGUCCAGCUCCAGAACUCGUCGAAUGAGGAUGCCGUCUCACGGGGAUCAUCGCUGUGCCGAAUAUCACUUCGAUCAACCUUACAGGAAGCACCCUUACGAUAUGGCAGAGAGGUGUAGUCUCAACGAUGCAGGUGACAAUGCACCCGGGGAGGACCAAAUCGCCUCCAAACCGAGUGUCUUCAGAACCAGAUUUCCUCAGGUUCUGGCUAACGUAGCAAUCCAGAUGCUGGUCCUUGAUCUCUGCAUGUCGUUCGCCUUCACAACGAUCGUAAUUGCGGCACUGCUAGAUGCCAACGAGGAUCAAGAUCUGUCGAUCAACAGCAGCGAAGCGUCAUGGCUCGGUAAAUCGAUCAUGAGGCACAAGUCCCUCGUUCAAUCAGAGUGUGAUCUUGGAAUACGAGAACUUUUGUUAUUCAAAUAUCUACUAAAAAUUUGUGAGAUUUCAGGUUCUGACGGCGGUGAGUCUGAAGUUGGCUGACUUCUGGAAUGUUGGGACGUGUAGUCUGGUAGAAAUUUAUAAAGAAAGUGAGAUAAAAAUUAAAUUUGUAUUUCUCACUAAAUACAUUAGACUUAUUAAUAAAACAAGGCAAAUGAGAUGGGCAGGGAAUGUUGCACGAAUGGGGAAGAUGACAAAGCAUCACAGUUACUGGAGUAAUCUCAGUAUUCGAUCAGGCGACCAUCAUACAACAACUUCAUGCUUUAAGCAUCAUUCACCAUGCGUCACUUUUCGAACGUCAUUAAAAGAUAAUUUUCUUUCCUUUUUCUUCAUUUAUCCUCUUCUGAUUUCGUUUUUUUACGUUCCUUCUCUGGACCAUUC